GAAUUCAUCAUGGCGUCGACUAUGCUAGCCGAACCACCAAGAGGUGGAUUUUCAUUCGAAAACUGCCGCCGGAAUCAAAUGUUUGAAGAGAAGGGAAUAAAGGCCCCUACUGCUUACAAGACUGGAACAACAAUUGUUGGUGUUAUUUAUAAGGAUGGUGUGGUGCUUGGAGCUGACACCAGAGCCACAGAAGACACUGUUGUGGCAGACAAAAACUGCAGCAAGAUUCACUACAUUGCUGAUAAUAUAUAUUGCUGUGGAGCUGGGACAGCGGCAGAUACCGAAAUGACCACUCAGAUGAUAUCAUCCCAGCUGGAGCUACACCGACUUAACACUGGAAGGAAGCCUAGAGUGUGUACAGCUAACAGACUCCUUAAACAGAUGCUAUUUAGGUAUCAAGGUCAUAUUAGUGCUGCCUUGGUCCUGGGAGGUGUGGAUUCUACAGGUCCACAUCUAUACAGUGUGUAUCCUCAUGGGUCCACAGACAAACUUCCCUAUGUAACAAUGGGUUCAGGAUCCUUAGCAGCUAUGUCAGUUUUUGAGAGGGGAUUCAAACCAAACUUGGAGAAAGAGGAGGCCAAAAAGCUUGUAAGAGAUGCGAUAGCAGCUGGUAUAUUUAAUGAUCUGGGGUCAGGAAGUAAUGUGGAUGUCUGUGUUAUAACUAAGGACAAAGUGGAAUAUCUACGACCCUAUGAUGAAGCUAACCUUAAAGGACAGAGGCAAGGAUCCUAUAGGUACAAGAAGGGAACAACUGCAGUGCUGAAAACAGAGGUCAAGAAAAUUCCUUUUGACAUUGUGAAGACUACAGUUAAAGCCGCAGAACCAAUGGAAACUGUUUAAAAGAGGACAGUUCUUUAUUGAAAUAACUGUGUAGGACUACAAAGACUAAAACAAAUUCUCAUCUGAAGUGCUUUUCUGUUAUAUCUGUACAUCUAACUCAGAGAAUACCUUUUUGCUACAGUGUAUAAGACUAAUUGUAUAUCUGUGUAAUAAAACAAACACAUCAUUUGAAAUAUUGUUACAAAAGUUCAUUUAUUUGCUGCUUUUAUAAGGUAGAAAAUAAAUAUGACCAAAAUA